AUGUCGGCAUCAUUUCUCCCUUGCCAAGAAGGCGCCGAAGCAGAGGUGCCACUGCCCUAUACUGACUCGCCGUUGAAACUGCUUUGGGCCGACAUUAUCCUAUUCUUUCGAUGCCUGCCCCAUCUUCUCGGCGUUUUUACGCCGCUGACACCAUGUCCUUCGGGAGAGCAGGAUGAAAUGUAUCUGUGCGUUGCCAACGUCCGGAUCUUCAUCGUGCAUCUGGUGUUGAGCGUGUCCCAGCUGGCAUUUCUGAUAUCCCUGCCUUUUUGCAUUCUAUUCAUGGUUCCUGCCUUGGCGAUAUUGAUUUAUGCCGCCGUGUUUCUCGCCAUAAACACGGUCAUUUGCUAUGUCGUGUUUAAUCGGCACGGUCCGAUCUUGCGCUCGGUUGUUCCCGACACCGAGCGUCCAGAGCAUCGGCAGGAGUGCUGGGUUUUCUUGAAUGGAAUUUCAGUGGGACGCAGGUGGCUGCAGAACAGUAUCGAUCGACUGGCGUGCUCGUUUGGUCGGAGGGUGACUGGUGUGCACAAUAAGACAUACGGGAUGGUUUUCGAUAUCAUCGAAUGCCUGAUCCAGCGAAACUUCUCAUACGCAACACAGGAUAUCAGAGACGCCUACGCACUCGUAAAGAAGGAUCUUUUGGACCCGGACAACAAAAAGGUUGUCUUUAUUUGCCACAGCCAGGGUGGCAUCGAGGGAAGUCUGGUUGUCGAUUGGUUGAUUGAUGAGCUGCCGUGCGACAUCCUCAACAAGCUCGAGGUCUACACUUUUGGCAGCGCUGCCAACCACUUCAACAACCCCUACAAGUCUAGUGGUCGACCUCCAAGCAACAUUGGUGCCUCUCCUGAGAUUCCCCGUGCAAAGUGUCUCCGUCAUAUCGAGCACUACGCCAACGAGGGCGACCUCGUAUGCCGCUGGGGGAUCAUCAAUUUCGCCCGAAUCCCUAAUCGCUACGUCGGACAGGUGUUUGUUCGUCCGGGUAAAGGCCACCAGAUGGUCCAGCAUUAUUUGGACACGAUGUUUCUGACCGGACCUGAUAAGAGGAUGUUGGAUACGAAUGAGUUUAUGGAGAUGGAGGUCGAGGUUCCCCCAUGUCGCGGUUGUGGGCGAACCUAUUGGGGCCGCUCAACAUCGACUCCUGCGGUCCAACCAGAUGGUCACAAUGGGAUUUCUGAAGGAUUGUUGUCCGUCGAGGGCGCUGAGUGCACAGAGUGCGAGAACAAGCCUGGGAGAAAGAAGGUGAAGGAACUCAGUCGGCUGUGGCUGUAUCGCAACGGACAGUCUCCGGUGAAUUAG